AUGCUACCUUCAGGGCUGGGGGUGAAAAAGAGUCUCAAAUGGACAUGCAAGGCUUGUGGAGAGAAGCAGUCCUUUGUGCGGGCUUACGGUGAAGGUUCUGGUGCUGACUGUAGACGCCAUGUCCAAAAGCUAAAUCUGCUACAGGGACAAGUGUCAGAGCUGUCACUCAGGUCUGUGGACAGAGCUGCAAGUGAAGAGGAACAUGCCGGCCCUCAGCAGGCUGAGAACCGGAGUCAGCAGGCGCUGUCUGAGCCCCUGGAGUCCCGUUGGCUGAAGUAUAUGGACAAGGGCUGUGAGGACCAGGAGCUGGACAGAGGAAGAGCAGCUCCUAAAAUACAGCCCUCAGCCAGUGCUGAGUGGCCAGGUCUGCCCUGCAGUCCAGCCCGAACCAGGAAGAGGAAAUGGAAUCAGAGUACAGGGCAGCCGCCACGAAGUCUGCAUAUCCAGGACUUGGACAGUGUUGAGGACAACUUUGAAUGCCAGGACUCCACUGGCCUGUUAGGGACAGAGCGACAAGUUGGCAGCUCUGCCCUCGGGGCUGCAACCCACAUCAGGGAGCUUGGUUUUCCUAGAUGGAAACUACCAAGUCCUGUCCUGCAGGUCAAGGCCCAAUCUUCUAAAUGGGCACGGUUUCUGCUGUCACCUGGAAACAGCCCACAUGUGGAUGAGAACCCAUCAAGAUUUCUGCAGGGCACCAGGCUAGCUGACCCAACACAAGCUGAGCAAGGGACCCUUGAUGCCAAGACUCCAGGGGAAGGCCACUUCAGCAGGGCCCCUGACACUGUCCAGCGCCCUCAUACCACUCCCGCUACCACACCCCAGCCAGAGGGGCCUGGCAGGAAGACCCCAGAGCAGCCAUGGGCCAUGGGGACUCCUCAAGCAGAUGGUAGGCCCUUGGCUCAAGGGGCACAGAAGGCCCCAGCAGUGCACAACCUCUUUACAACUGGGGAGGACUUUGAGGAUGACCUGUAACCUUCACUCUGACUCAUGUAAUGGGUCCUCCAUGCCACAGGCGGAGGUGCUUUAGAACAAAUAACCCGAACAAAUAAAUAUGCCUGUCAAACAGA